CGUAGGGGAUUCCACGUAGACAUAAAAGAGAAACAAAAAACUUGAAAAAACUUUUUGGGGAAAAAGUUUUUAUUAUAUUCUUUUCCCACAGCCAGGUGAUUGUAGAAUUAGAAGCAAUGAGUGUGGAUGCUUUGGGAAACACAGUGAUGGACCAUGCAUUUCCAAAACGGAACCCGGCGCUGAGAUUAGUAGACUUGGCAGGGGCUCAUCAUCAUCACCAUCAUCACCACCACCCCCCUCAGAGCAUGACAGGCUUCCCGGGGUACGUGGGCCAUUCUCACUCAAUGGCUCAUAUGCACCCUGGGGAGUAUGCUGCUGAUUCUCGCCUAGGGCCAAGCCCUGCAUUCCGGCCAGAACACAUGGGGCAUCCAGCGGCCCUCAAACUCAGCCCUGCCCAUAACCCUCACCACCUCCACCACCACCACCAUCACAUGGCAGGCCACGCUGAGGUUGCCUCCAGUCAAACAGGAGUAUUUGGCCCGGCUCAGUCAACAGCAGUAUCCUACUCAUCUAUUCCCCAUUCAGCUCAGACUAUUUCUACAGGUAGGGACUUUUUAUUACGCAGAGAUCUCACAGUGCCAGUCAUGCCAGGUCUCACUGAUCAAUAUACUGCUCCAAGUUCUCACCAUGGAAUGUUUGUCUCAACAACAGGUAGCUACCCUGGACACCAUGGGCACCAAGCUGAUGCUGGAAAUCAUUCCUACUUCUCUGGACCUCAUGAGCAGCCUUCCCAUGCCACCCCAGGAGGUCAACCUCUAAACGGACAGAUAAGACUGGGUCUACCUGGAGAUAUGUACACCAGGUCUGAUCAUUUCUCUCAACCAGUAUCUAGGACAGAUCCUUUUGCUUCUACUUCCCUCCAUAGCUACGGUGCCAUGAACCUGAAUAUGAACAUUGCUCCUCACCAUGCUCCUGGUGCUUUCUUUCGUUAUAUGAGACAGGCUAUAAAACAAGAACUUAUCUGCAAGUGGAUAGAGGAGGAACAUGUUCCAAAAAAACUGUGUUCAAAAACUUUUACAACAAUGCAUGAGCUCGUCACUCAUGUCACAGUGGAACACGUUGGAGGACCAGAACAGCCCAGUCACACAUGUUUCUGGGAAGAAUGUCCGAGGGAAGGAAAACCUUUUAAAGCCAAAUAUAAACUGGUGAAUCAUAUCAGAGUCCACACAGGUGAAAAACCUUUCCCUUGUCCAUUUCCUGGCUGUGGAAAAGUCUUUGCAAGAUCAGAAAAUCUUAAAAUACACAAAAGAACUCAUACAGGUGAAAAACCAUUCAAAUGUGAGUUUGAAGGUUGUGACAGACGCUUUGCCAACAGUAGUGACAGAAAGAAGCACUCACAUGUCCACACCAGUGACAAGCCCUACAACUGCAAAGUGAGAGGCUGUGACAAGUCCUACACACACCCCAGCUCGCUGAGGAAGCAUAUGAAAGUACACUGCAAAUCUCCCCCUCCCAGUUCAGGUUAUGAAUCCUCUAUAGCUUCCCUUGUUUCUCCUUCCUCUGACUCUGGGCAAGACCCCCCUGUUAGCUCUGCAAAUUCUGAGUCUCUCACAUCCUCCCAAGGAGCCAACCUGAGUGAAUGGUAUGUGUGCCAAAGUACAGGGGCAACUGGCAUCCCAACUCCACCCAGUACCACUCCUUCACCUGACCAUCGGAAGACCUCUUACCCCACGUGUGAGACUAGGCCCAAUUAUUAGGACUUUUUGAACCCAGUAUUCAUUUCUUUAACGUUAUGGUGUAUUGAGUCAAAUUAUCUUAUUUCAAUUAGACUGCAAUGAGCCUUUCUGUUGUGCUCUUGAGAAAUGGGACCAAUGUGACUUGCAAAAGUCUAAAAAUUCUUAUUAAGUACAUGGAUUUUCUUUCUAUUUUUUUAACGUUUUAUUUAAAAUGUGUCCGAAUCCUUUAGUUUAUUUUUGUCCACAAAGACACAACCCGACUAUUUAUCCUCAUGGAAAUCAACCUGUAAUGUUCAUAUUUUCUUUAAUCUGACAAAUUGUUUUGUUAAGGAUUUGUAGAUAAAAUGCACUGUAAAUUCUGAAUGGCAUACUGUCAUUGUAUUUUAUUUACACCUUGUGAGAUUACAGUAUUAGUGCUUUUAUAAAGCUGUUUUGUUACUGUUUUGUAAAAAUGAUUAAAUAUUUUAAUAAGUAUCAUGGCCAGUCAAACUGUACAUAAAAUAAGGUUAUGUUACGUCAUCAUGUGAAUAUAUAUAUAAUAUUUGUGACAGAUGGAACUGGCCAGCGUAUGACCACAGAGUUACUUUAACAUUUCUUUGCCUGUAAUAUAAUUUUAGUUAAAUGUGAGUACUGUACUCUAUAGGACCAUUGUGUUGAACUAAUGAUAUUUGUGAGAAUGAUAUCACUGUACACGUUACACGGGCAGACUUUGGAAUUGUGAUUUGUAAUUUUAUUUUGAACACCGGAUGAUGAUUUCUUAAUGCACACCUCUUGCCAUGGAAAAUAAAUUUUAUUUUUUGCUU